UUUUGUGUGGUUUCAUCUUGUCAUUGUUAGGUUUGAGUACCCACCACCCAAGACACUGACAGCUGGAAAAGACAAAACAGUUCAGGCUUUGAAAGACCAGCAGGAAAAAAGCACACCCGUUCAUGCAGAGAAGAGGAAGUCAGAGCAUUUGUUUGACACUUGUUUAAAAGAUGGGUCAAAUUUACCACCAUCUGUGGAUCAAUCUGUUGAGAAUGAUCCUUUUUUUGAGCUCUUCCAAAUGAACUCUACCAAAAAAACGGACAUUGUUGCUAAAUCACCAUGGAAAUCUGAGCUACCAAAAAAACCUCUUGGAAGACCUCAGGUUGAUCAUGAGGAAGCUCCCGCUGCAGAUGUUAAAAGUUGCCCUGAACCGGUCACAACUCCAGAACUAGAUUUCGAGGAUCUUUUCUCCUGGAUAAAUGAAAGUCUUACUGGACUAACUAUCCCUCAGAGCUCAUUUCAUGGAAGUCAGGAAGAGAAAACUGUCGAUGAUAUGCCGUCUGUAGGGUCCAUCACCCCCUCAUUGACAGAGAAAAGUGUAACUCCUGUCUCCCAGAAGAAGAGAACACCCUUGAAAACGCCUCAGAAGUUCAGUGCUGGUGAGGUUGUCCAGCAAAUUCUCUUCGAGUCUCAGUCUGAGGAGAAAACUCCCAAAUCCCCAGAAGGAAGGAGAUCACGGGAUCAGAGCCUUGAUCUCCAAAUGCCUUUGGGCCAGCCUCAGACUCCAGGCCCAAUAGGCAAGAACACUAAAGUGAAAAUGUCACGAAGAACAUCUAUAAGACCAAAUGCUAGCAGGUCUGAAGUCCAAGGUGGUCCAUAUGAAAUUAAGAGGAUCAGAGGCAAUGAAGGAUACAACUGA